GGCGUGCGGCGGGAGCCGGUGCGCGCGGGCCGGGUGCGCGCCACGCUCUUCCUGCCCCCAGAACCGGGGCCCUUUCCUGGGAUUGUGGACAUUUAUGGAGUUGGAAGUGGCCUUCUGGAACAACGAGCUAGUCUGCUGGCUGGCAAGGGUUUUGCUGUGAUGGCUCUGGCUUAUCAUGACUAUGAAGACCUCCCCAAAGGCCUAGAGAUCCUCCACCUGGACUACUUUGAAGAAGCUGUGAACUACCUGCUGGAUCACCCUCAGGUAAAGGGUCCGGGAGUCGGGCUGCUUGGCAGUUCCAAAGGAGGUGAACUCUGCCUGUCCAUGGCCUCAUUCCUGAAGGGUAUCACCGCUGCCGUCAUAAUCAAUGGCUCCGUGGCCGUUGUCGGGGGAGCCUUACACUACAAAGAUGAGACCUUGCCCCCUCUGGCUGUAGACCCAAGUCGAGUGAGGCUGACCAAAGACGGUUUGGCAGACAUUUUGCAUGUCCUGAACAGCCCUUUGGAAGGAGCUGACCAGAAGAGUUUCAUUCCCGUGGAAAGGGCGGAGAGUGCCUUCCUGUUCCUUGUAGGUCAGGAUGACCACAAUUGGAAGAGUGAAUUCUUUGCUAAUGAGGCCUCUAAGUGCUUACAGGCCCACGGUAGGGAGAAGCCCCAGAUCAUCUGUUACCCUGGGACAGGGCACUACAUUGAGCCUCCUUACUUCCCCAUGUGCCGGGCUUCCCUACACAUCUUGGUGGGUGGUCCUGUCAUCUGGGGAGGGGAGCCCAGGGCUCAUGCCAUGGCCCAGGUGGAUGCUUGGAAGCAGCUCCAGACUUUCUUCCAUAAACACUUGGUGGAGAAAAGUUAGGGGGACUCUCCUGAAAAUAUAACCCACUAUUUGAAGUUUAGGAGGGUGAGACUAAUAAAUGCUAAGCAGCAACAAUUAAAGACAGUUCACCCGCUGUAUUAA